AUGGACGUUGAUGUCCUUUAUCACUUUGGCUUGGCCUCGGAUACAUCGGACCUCAAGAGUCAAUUCGGCGACGUGAAGUUUGUCAUCAUGGGUGGCAGUCCAAAGCGAAUGAAGAAAAUCGCUGAGAUCUUGCUCAAAGCCCUCGACAUUAAGCUUCCUUGUGGCACGGGCUUGGCAAAUAUCGCUUUUGCCACGGACCGCUAUGAGAUGUACAAGGUUGGACCCAUUCUAUCUGUCUCGCAUGGUAUGGGUAUUCCAUCAAUAUCCAUUCUCCUCCAUGAAAUGGCGAAGUUACUCUAUCAUGCUGAAUGCAGCGAUGUCCGUUUUAUACGUCUCGGAACCUGUGGUGGAAUCGGUCUCGAUCCUGGAUCCGUUGUCAUAACAACGAGUUGCAUGGACUGCGCCUUCAACGACUACUUCCAAUUGAAUAUCAUGGGAAAGACUGUGAAACGCCCCGCUCAGUUAGACGAGGAAAUGGUGAAGGAGUUGAUUGCAACGGCGCAAUCUAUGAAUCUCAAAUUUGAUGUUGUUGCCGGCAAGACCAUGUGUGGCAAUGACUUCUACGAAGGUAAUCAAUCCGUUUUGUCAAAAAUUUAUACACUAGCCUCUCUGGCAUGCAAUUCAAAUUCGACGCCUUAA